GGGUUUAUACCUAUAUUCACAAACAAUGCUGCCUCAAUGGCUUUCAGUCUCAAGUGUGCAUGACUAACUGGUAAUUUCCUGCAUUUGUGACAUUCCAUGAUCUUGCUUGAUGCUGCCAAAGUUUGUGACUAUACAGAAAAGCAGUGUCAGGUUGAGAGUGAAUGACCCCCGUUAAAAAAAAAAGAAAAGCUGUAAGUGUUGAAGCAGCAUGCACCUAAUAAGCGACUUCUAAAUCUGGCUCCAUCAUUUCAGUCUGUGGACUAGCAGAACGGAGCUUUCAGAAUCCUUCUCAACUCUACCCAUCCCACAGCACGGCCACAAAAACGGUGCAGCGGGUGAAGAAGAGCUCAUGGAGCAGCUGGCUAAAGCAGAAACUGAGCAAGAAAAAGAUGAUGUUGGCAGAGGAUAGAGAGCAUUUUGAGGACUCAUUCUCAGUCAAGGCCUCUGCGGCAGAAAUGGAGAAAAUAAGGGUACGAAAUUCCUGGGUGCCAACCUGCCUAUGGCAACCUAGAAUUCUCCAGGGCAGGCUCGCAAAAUCUUCACCUACUCUCUGGGACAGUACUUUGCAAGAACAGAAGGGGGAAUUACGAAAGCGCCUAUCGUACACUACCCAUAAGCUGGAAAUGCUUGAAACAGAGUUUGACUCUACACGUCAGUAUCUUGAAAUAGAAUUGAGACGUGCUCAGGAAGAACUUGAAAAAGUAACUGAAAAGCUGAGAAGGCAGGUGAUUACUCCCCUGAAGACAUAUCAUAAUGGAAGCCAAAAAUAUUUUACGAGGAUACAAAACAAUUACCUAGCCUUACAAAGAAUUAAUCAGGAUCUGGAGGAUAAACUUUACAGAAUGGGUCAGCACUAUGAAGAGGAAAAACGGGCUUUGAGCCAUGAAAUAAUUGCACUCAAUAAUCACUUAAUAGAAGCCAAGGUGACAAUAGAUAAGUUGUCAGAAGACAAUGAGCUCUACAGGAAGGACUGCAAUUUAGCUGCUCAGCUUCUCCAGUGCAGCAAGAACUAUGACAGGGCACAUAAACUUUCAGAGUUGCCAACUGACUUUCAGGAAAGAGUCAGCAUCCACCUGGAGAAACACGGGUGCAGCCUUUCUGUCCCCUUGUGCCACACUUCCUAUGCUGAUACCAUACCCACUUGUGUCAUUGCCAAAGUACUGGAAAAACCAGACCCACACAGCUUGUCCUCACACUUGUCAAGCCCAUCCACGAGGGAUCUCAAUUUUCAGGACUCUGCUGGAAAAGUUGGACAAAGACCCCAGUACAAGUCCGACAUCUACUGCAGUGACACAGCUCUUUACUGCCCCGAGGAGAGGAGGAGGGAGAGGCGGCAGAGCGUGGACACACAGGUGAAAGACGUGGGGUUCCUGCGGUCCCAAAACUCCACGGACAGCACUGUGGAAGAAGAUGGUUUCCAUUCCAGCUUCUCCCACGAAGCCUUCCCGGAGUACAUUACCUCUCUGCCAACCUCCAGCUCCUACUCCAGCUUCAGCGUCACGUCUGAGGAGAAGGAGAACGCCCAGGCCAACACUCUGACAGCCUCCCAGCAGGCGAUCUACAUGAGCAACCGAGACGAGCUCUUUGAAAGGAAGUCCCCCGCGGGUUACGAGCAUCAGGGCAGCCCCAGGUUUGCCAAACCCAAACCUGCACAGCACAUGGAGCUUGCUGACGACAACGAGAACUCACCCACUUUUACCAGGACUCUGCCUCCAUAUGCAAACGAACCUUUUCAUUUCUCAGCCAUAACACCACAGCAGGCUUUGGCAAACCAGAAAAUGAGGAAUGAGUGCAGGAGCACCCACCUCUCAGAAGAAGACUUGCCAGGGCGAUGGAGGCAGCUGAGCGUGGAGGACAUUGGAGCAUACUCCUACAGGAAUGCUGGCAGGCUGUCGCCCUGCAGCUUCUCAGAGCAGUACUACAGCAGCCCCAUCAAGAAAGGGGACAGUCGAACAAGCCCCAUCUAUGCUAGUUACAAAGCAGACAGCUGCUCAGAGGGAGAUGACAUCUGCCAAAGCAGACUUGUGGAUUCUUGCUUCCUGAGAACAGACAGUGGCCUGAACAUUGACAUCAGCACAAGCUGUAAACAGGACAAAUUGCCCGCUUACAAAACAAAAGAAUCAAGAGACCAAAAAAACGAAAGGAUCACCGUCCAGUUAUGCAGUAGCAAAAACAUCGAAAACAGCCCGGUAUUGAAAAGAGAAUACGUGGACGUGAGCCCCAACAGCUCAGCAGAGUCACUCAAUCAGAGUUCAGUGGAGGCUCCAGAAAUCCACCAGUCUUCCAUGGAUCAAGGAAGCCAUUCGGGUGUUCACAGCAAACCGCCGCAGUUCCAGAGGACUGGGAGCACUGGUCUGAGUCGGAAGGACAGCCUUACAAAAGCACAGUUAUACGGAACCCUUCUGAACUAGGCACCUCCCCAAAUGGCAAUAAGACAGCAGACAAAAGGAAGAAAAGAGCGUUUGAUACUUCUAGUGAACAAUAAGGUUCUAAGAAGCAGGAUUAUUAUAAAAUAUAUAUUCAUAACGGUACUAUAUGUUUAAAACAAAAAUCUCAAAAACGUUAUACAGCACUUUUCACUUGACAUCCUUUCCACAUGGGAGACUCCCCUCUUUUAUAAACCUGAAAUAUUUUUAUAAACAAAAAUGUAUUUAUUAGACUAUCCUAAGCUAUUUGAGCAGAAUUCUUUUCCCUUCAAGCAGGUUUCUUAUUUAUUUUUGUGCAUGAGGCCAUCUGUGCCUAAAUACUUGGAGGAAAAGGGUAAAAUCAUGAUGACAGUGACAAAAAAAAAUUAAACCCACCUGAUAAAAUACCAUAAAAUGUCAUGUGAAAUAAAAAAAACAAGAAUGGUGAAUUUGAAGAACUAUAUUUUUUAACAAGAAUGGAAUUGUAUCUUAAGUUAUUUCAUACAAAUGUAUUUAUGAGUGACUAAUGUAUGCACAGUGAUACUAAUAUUUUGUUCUUUUAAUCCACUGUGUUUCUGCUUUCCUAUUUUUCCUUGUAUACUACCUCAAAAGUAAUUGAGGGUUUCUUUGUCACAUUUUCUGUAGGCUUGCAUUUAUAUUGUCUAAAAUGCAUGCAGUGUCAUAAUUAAUACUGUAUUUUGCAUAACUUAAUAAAAGACACCAGUGGA